CAGUCACGUGGCAAUAGCCAAACGGGAGCCGACAGCACAAGCACUGUGGACGCUCGACACCAGAAACAGCCCCUGCGACAACCGUACGACAGCUUCACGACCCAACACCCAGCGACGACACGAACGCCGGGGCAUCGGCUGCAGCGUAAACGACCGCAACAUACCGGAAAAUCCCCCCGACGACACCGCCCGAACUCGAGUAUUCCAAUGGUCGUCCUCCGCCGUCGCGUCCAUGGCUUUCAGCGGAGGUAGCGCGGGGGGCAUAAUGGCUGGACAGAGCCCGAGUCCAUUCGCCCAGUCUGGGUUUGGGGGUAAGUGUGUCCUGCCCCUAUGUGCCCCUAAGGUGUCCUGUCGCCGGGAGAUGAUGAACGCUCCACGAUCUGGGCUCCGCCGCCCGCCCUAGCCUUUGUUUUCUGCCCUCGUCGCCCUGCCACGACAGCGCAAAAAAAUCCCCAGGAAACGAGGAGAAGCGACGCGUAUUCCUCUCCGCAUCUCUUCCUGCUGUCAAAACCCACGCCCGAAUUCUCCAUCAAAACCCGCGCCCGAGCUUUGCCCUCGAAAUCCCUUCACUUCUGAGCUUCACCCUCAAAAAGUCGAUCGUUGCGCGCGCACUCUGUCGGGCACCACCCCGGAUCAACCCGCUAUCGACUCAAUCGCGCUGAGGCCGAAGCCUGGGGAAAACGUCGAGCGCCUAGCCUGCAAGCGCGCCGAGGACCCGGACUGUUUCCGCGCUCUCGGGGCGAGGUUGGCGGCGCGUCGCGGUGCGUCGACUUGGCAUAGUCCACUCGAGGACUCCAACGCGGACAACUUUUUCCUUUUGUCCACUGGCUGCUCAACAAGCACUGGACACGACAAACAAAGACCGCCAAGCCGCCCAGCAGCGCAUCAGCCCUCCUUCACAAUCACACCGAAAGCAGAGAACAAAGGCACUUUGGCGCGGCGGAACAAACCCCCAAAGGCCGACAUACUGACGCAAGAUCGCGCAGGGAGUCCAUCUCCAAACCCGGCCGCGAACCCGUUCGCUAGGAAUUCCUUUGGCACAACAACUACAUCGACCCCCUUCGGAGCCCAGACUACGUCAACACCUUUUGGAUCGGGACCCUCUGCGCCCUUCGAUAGCCAGCAGCCCGCGACGACACCUUUUGGGGCACAGUCUUCCACUACCUUUGGCGGCCAGGCCUCGCCAAGUCCCUUCGGCAACCAGCAGCCCACAACGAUGGUCUUCGGCGGCUCGAAUGGAUUUGGCACCCUCUCCCAGAACUCGAACUUCAGCAAUGCUAUGUCUCAACCAAACGUGGCCAGCAGCGCAUUAACCCCCAGUCCGUUUGGACAGCCUUCAGCAUCUUCCAAUCCUACACGGUCAGGUUUCGGGAGUGCACCGAACCCCUUCAACAGCCAUAACCAAACGGACCACAAUAUGAGGCGGGGUAGCACCAAGAAGAAUAGGAAGCCGAACUUGACGGAGUCUUUGGCGAAGAGCGGCACUUUCGUCACAGAGGGUGCUAAUGGUGAGCCAAGGGUAACCAAGGGCAACCCGUCAAAUGCGCCCCCAGGCUCCAACAAUCCUGUAUCGAACUCGUCGCUCCAGAACCCCUUCCAGAAGCUCAGCGACGCCCAGGUCGGACCCGCAUCCGCAAAGUCCAAGCAGGGGAGCAUUGCCAGGUUCACCGCGGCAGCUCCAAUUGCGACACUGGAGGAGUAUGCGACGGCAGUCAAAAACCAGCUCAAGAAGGAUGGGGUAGCGGACCUCAUCAUUCCAGCUGAUCUCUUCGACCCCAAGAAGCGCCCGCAGGCCAUCGCAUUCAGACAGAAGCACCUGGAGAGCCACCAGAACAAAGUGAGGGCGUCGUUGGAGAGGGGUGGUCUGAUCGAUAUCAGAGACAAGCAAAUUCGCAUCGAGGAUGCCGUCGACUUCCGAGGCACGUGCGAGGACAUGUGCCCAGUUUACGAAGUGGUCACCAGACUCGCCGAGAACCUCGCCUUGAUCGAGGAACGAGCGGAGGGCCCAGAUGGCACACCAUGGGCGGUUAGGGACAUGUUUGUCAAGCGCCACGCCCGCUCAUCUGCCGGCGAGUCGUCUGUCCUACCAAACGAGGUGCGCACAAUCGGUGCUCUCGAGCGAACAACCGCCUACCUGCUCGACCAGGUGCUUCAAGGGGAGCACAACCUACGAGAUCGCCAUGCGUUCCUAUGGGAUCGCCUUCGAGCCAUCCGACGCGACUUCACUUUCCAGAGUCGGAUGUUACCUGAGGAAAGCUUGCGCAUGGUUCACGUUCUUGAAACCAUCGCGCGCUUCCACGCCAUCUCGCAUCAUCUCCUUGCGCGGAAGGGCGCCGCGAAUGUCGAGUACUCGGCGCAGCAGGAGCGUGAGGCAUUCCAGAAGACACUCAUCUCGCUCAAGGCUGCGUAUGGCGAUCUACACAAGCAGGGUAUCAAAUGCGAGAACGAGCCCGAGUUUGUCGCCUACUGGAUCAUCUUCUUCGCCAACGACGCUUCGGACAUCCUACAGAUCGAGAAAGAGAUGAUGACCCGAAACUGGGGAUCCUCUAACCAGGUGCAGACGGCCAUCUCGCUGGUCCAGGCGCGUCUGGAACACACAACGCCGCUUAGGGCCAAGCUCAAGAACCACAAUCAAAAGAAGUACCUCUACUUCCCAAGCUUGGCUGUCGGCGCGGCUACAGCCUACUUGGACAUAGUGGCAGAUCGCUCUGUGUCCUUCGCCAUGGCCUGUGUGGCCGAGAUGAGCUUUAGCCUGAUCCGGUCGGUGCAUCUUCGCAAGCUCGUAAAGGCCUGCGCGCGAGGCCGGGACUCCCCCAAGGACGUCACCCCAGCGAGUCUGCAAAAGCUCUUAAGGUUUGACACAGAGCAGGAGGCAGUCGAAUUUGUGAAGGAGCGAGGUCUCAAGUUCUCCGAUGACGGCAGUCACGUCUUGGUCAUGAGAAACCAGCCGUUGCCAGGCGUAUCUACCGAUGCCGUCUUCUCGCAAUUCGUCGAGCGAAAGCGUUGCAACCGACCGCUUCUAGAGGUUAUCCGGAACAACGUUUUUGAGGAGGAUGUGCCGUCGGACACGGUCGGGGCCAGAGCUCCAAACAGUCCAGAGGGCAUGUUUGUCGAUGACUUCCCUGAAAGCCCGGCGAAGACACCAGCUGCACCUAUCAGCGCCAAGCCAGACACAACACGGGCUAAGAACCCCCCAAGCAAGCCACCGAAGAAUCCAUUCCAUUCCGCCAAUACCCCAGCCUCAAUCACGAGCCCAUUUGGCCAAGCAUCAUCAGCCUUUCCCCAGGCCCCACCCCUAGGACCAUCACAAGGGAACUCCAUCAAACCAUCGCUUAUAGGCACCGUAGUGUCAAAGUCAACUCAAUCUCCAACUCUGGGUCCGUUCGGUGCUUCUAUGGGAAGUACCACCUCGAGCAGCUGGGCGGCAUCCACUACACCUAAGCCAAACCCCUUUGGCGCUCCCUCUGCUGUGGGAGUUGGACUAGCGGGUCCUGCAGCAAGCAAUGCACCCAAGACGAAUCCCUUCGCCACAGCCGUGCCUUCACAGCUGCCAUCAGCGCCCUCAGGAACGCCACCAAAUACAGUCUCGCAGCUUCUGCAGAACAAUGCGGGAUCUCCGGCGCCAGCGGCCCCAUCCCUAGCUCUAGGACAGGGUCUCGGUCCGGGAUCUGCAAGCAGCAUUUUUGCCAGCUCGCCAUCCCCGCUCCAACCAGCCCAAUCUGCGCCGCCAACUACGUCCAUAAUCCCCAGCUCUACGCCAGCUCCGGCGUCCCUCUCCCAAACCAUCCUCGGACCAGGUAUUGGGGUUGACAAGCAGCAGGAGGAGCCCACGGCUACAGCAUCGGGCAUGUCACUGAUGGACAAGAUAGCUGCCGCUAAACAAAAGAAUGGGUUUGUAGCAGAAGACCCUACACCGCAACCCGCUGCCAAGCCAGCCCCGCAGCCGCCACAGAUUGACUUUCCCAAGCUCGAUACCCCAGCCCCUGCCUUGCCUACUCAGUUGCCCAUAGCACCUCCGCCGCCCAAAGUGGACCCGAUGAAGCAGUUCACAAACUGGUUCGUGCUUGGUGACAACGGCAUGAUGGAGGAAUUCACAGUCAGCUACACUGAGCAUCUAGUUCGACAGGCCUACAUGCAGUUCCUGGCUGAGGAGGAAGAGAGAAAGCGGAAAGAAGAGGACGCGAAGUCAUGGGAGGACGCUCUGAAGUGGAGAAGGUACAAUCUCGGCCUCAAGUUCUUCUAUCGCUGGCGUCAAAUCGCUCGCAACAAAGCCCUGGGCCGUCGCGCGAUAGAAGGCCGGGACCUCAUGAGAAAGUUCAGAGAGUCUCAGCUGGCCCAAGCAAAAGCAGACAAGGAAGCCGCCGCUAAAAAGAAGAGGAUCGAGGAGACAAAGCGUGCCAAACAGCUCGAGACAGACGCGGGUAACUUUGCAGAGAGUCUCUGGUCCUUGCAGCAUCAACAGCUCAACCGAAAACGGAGCCCAUCGGAGGACGACAUUCGCGAUGACGAUUCGGUAGCCGACGCUCUUCUUGGACCUCGAUCCCCGUCAGUCAGCUCUGUUCAGGAGAAAGGCAAGGGCUAUCGUCUUAGGCACUGGAAGGACACCAUCUCUAGAUCAGCUUCGCGUGUCCGAGACGGUGCCAUGGCCGUAUUUUCGUCAAGCGUCAAGGAAUCGCGCUAUCGCAGUACCGAAAGGGAUGACAGCAGCCGCAGUCCCCCAUCUCGCUCUGCAAGUCUAGGCCGUUCGCUCCCCCCCAGAAACCGGAGUACAAACUUCUCUGGAAUAGCCAAGCGGACCGCAUCUCCUGCGAACGAGGAGGCCGACAGGCUGAAGCGUCCCCGAAGCAUCGGACUCAAAACCAGCCACUUCAGACUCAGGGCCAUGGGAAUGAUCCAUAUGCCCAAUGGACAGUACCUUCAUGAGUCCAUCGCCAAGCCCAUGAUUGAGGGCAAGCGGUUCCCGGGCUUUGGAGACUACGGCCUACCGCCCGUCGUCAAUGGAGAGAGCGGUGCGGUCGAGGAAGCCCACUCUCCCCCUGUUGAGAACUCCUCGCAUGUCCAUACGAGGAGCUUGAGCUGGCGUACGCACGUGCCGCGCGUGUCGUCAGCAUCUAGCAUCCGUAGUGCCAUUCUCAACGGCGAGAGCCGUACGCCACCGCCGCAGCAUCACAAGCGGAAGCGGCUGGCCGCGGCGGACGGUGGCGGAGACGACGCCAUGUCGAUCAGCAGCAUCAAUCACCAGCAGCUCCGGGGCGACACGGGCUCGCCGUCCUGUGUCAAGAAGCAGCGGACGGACUUUGCCGAGACUGAGCGCAUCAUCCAGGAGAUGCGCGAGACCGGUGCGCUAAUGGAGGAGGGCGAAGCCUGGUACCGGGAGCAGAGCGAGCUCAUGGGCAGGGGCCAUACCCCUUGGUCCUAGGCUGGGCAGGAUCGUCUUUUAUUUCCUUCCAAGCUUUUAC